AUGGCGAGGCUAUUCCAUCUUGGCCGCACUACGUGGUGCCCACCAUGUUACCUCCCUCCUUAUGUCCGAACAUAAACUCAACUGACUCGGUCUUUCUGUUCUGCGGGCUCUUAGUUACUGUAGUAAGUCCCUGACUUCCCCCCUUUGUGUUGCUUCCCCAUUCAUAUCUGCUUAUACUCUGCAAGUAUAAUUUGCUAGCUACUCUACUUGUGUACACUGUGUGACAACUAGUUUGCAAGUAUGUGUAACAUGAUGUCAUUUUCCCAUCUCAAGACCCACAAAACGGCCAAGACUUCAGUCUUUGUUAUUUGGAUUCUUAUUGUAUUCAGCUGGUUUGUAAUUUGGCAAUCUUAUUACAUCAAGUACAAAGAUCCCAACCAACCACUAAGUGCUAGAAUAAAUGACUUGCUCACCCAUAUGACCCUAGCUGAGAAAAUUGGCCAGAUGACACAGAUUGAGAGAAAAGUGGCUUCAACUGAUGUCAUGAAGAAUCACUUCAUUGGGAGUGUGUUCAGUGAAGGAGGGAGUGUUCCAGCUCCAAGGGCAUCUCCUGAGGCCUGGGUCAACAUGGUCAAUGAGAUUCAAAAGGGUUCGCUAGCUACUCGACUUGGGAUUCCGAUGAUUUAUGGGAUUGAUGCAGUUCAUGGCCACAAUAGUGUUUAUGGAGCAACAAUCUUCCCGCACAAUGUUGGUUUAGGAGCUACCAGAGACCCUGUACUGCUCAAGAAGAUUGGAGCAGCAACUGCUCUUGAAAUCAGAGCGACGGGCAUACCUUAUACUUUUGCACCUUGUAUCGCGGUGUGUAGAGAUCCAAGAUGGGGCCGCUGUUAUGAAAGUUAUAGUGAGGAUCCCAAGCUCGUUCAAGCAAUGACAGAAUUUAUACCUGGAUUACAGGGAGACAUCCCUCCAAAAUCUCAAAAGGGUUUUCCUUUCAUCUCAGGAAGGGAAAAAGUUGCAGGAUGUGCGAAGCACUUUGUGGGUGAUGGUGGAACUACCAAAGGACUUGAUGAGAACAACACUGUGAUCAGCAGAAAUGGACUGCUUAACAUUCAUAUGCCAGCUUAUUAUGAUGCCAUUGCUAAGGGUGUGGCUACGGUCAUGGUCUCCUAUACAAGCUGGAAUGGAGUCAAGAUGCAUGCAAAUCGUGAUCUGAUUGAUGGUUUUCUCAAAAACACUCUGGGCUUUAAAGGAUUCGUCAUCUCUGACUAUAAAGGUCUAGACAGGAUCACCAAUCCAUUUCAUGCAAACUACACAUAUUCGAUAGAGGCUGCAAUUAGUGCUGGCAUUGACAUGGUCAUGGUACCAUACAACUAUAAAGAGUUCAUUGAUGGUCUUACCUUCCUCGUAAAAAAUAAAUAUAUUCCCAUGAGCCGUAUUGAUGAUGCAGUGACAAGGAUUUUGCGGGUGAAAUUCUCUGUUGGUCUAUUCGAGAAACCUUUGGCCGAUUUUAGCAUGGCAAAAUACAUUGGGUGUAAGGAACACAGAGAAUUGGCUAGGGAAGCUGUACGGAAAUCUCUAGUGUUGCUAAAGAAUGGAAAAUCUGCAGACAAGUCAUUGCUACCGCUUCCUAGAAAGGCAUCUAAAAUACUCGUGGCAGGUAAGCAUGCGGACAAUAUUGGAUAUCAGUGUGGCGGGUGGACUAUUCAAUGGCAGGGGUCUGAUGGCAAUGCCACCGUUGGUACUUCAAUCCUCAACGCCAUAAAGAAAACAGUUGAUCCAGAAACCGAAGUUGUGUAUCAAGAAUACCCUAAUACAGACUUUCUGAAGUCCAACCAAUUCUCUUAUGCAAUUGUUGUAGUUGGAGAACAUCCAUACGCAGAAACUAACGGAGACAGUCAAAAUCUGACGAUUCCUGAACCUGGUCCAAGCAUAAUCACAAGUGUUUGUGAAAACAUAAAAUGUGUUGUUGUCCUUGUCACUGGCCGUCCUGUUGUUAUUCAACCAUAUAUUGCUAGUAUCGAUGCCCUCAUAGCUGCUUGGCUCCCAGGAACAGAAGGACAAGGCGUUGCAGAUGUAUUGUUUGGUGAUUAUGGUUUCACAGGCAAGCUUUCCUUUACAUGGUUUAAGACAGUUGAUCAACUUCCAAUGAGUGUGGGAGAUGCGCAUUAUGACCCAUUAUUUCCUUUUGGAUUUGGGCUCAAAACAUAACCUUUCUAACUAAACAAGCCUGCCUAGGAUUUGUAUACUACACAAUUCACAAGUUGAAUCAGUUUUGUUACCUAUAUAGUUUUGUUACUUAUGGACUUGUGAUCCUUAAGACCUUAACAAACUCUAUAUAUAUUUUAGCACGAUUGGAUAGCCCAA